GAGACAUCAAAAUCCAACAAUAAACACUAUAUGUUAUCAUAACUAUUUCAAAUAUAAUAUGGAAAUUAGCAAACCCUAUAGCCAAAAUUUCCCUCAACUUUCAUGUUUGUUAUCUUUAGCUUUAGCCAUAAUCUUUUACAAAUGUCGAUUAAUCUUCAAGAAGAAGAGAUCUAGAUCUCUUCUUCUUCCUCUUCCGCCGGGGCCGACAGGUUUUCCGAUCAUCGGUUGCCUUCCAACGAUGGUCAAGAAUAACAUACCGACAUUUCAAUGGAUGCACAAAUUCAUGCGAAAAAUGCGAACUGAAAUCGCUUGUUUCCAUCUCGGAAACACCUAUUUCAUCGCGGUUACAUCCCCCGAGCUAGCUUGCGAGUUCUUGAAAAAGUAUGACACAAUUUUUGCGUCACGGCCUAAGGCGAUUUCUUCGCGAGUGUUCAACAAAGACCGCAUAUCAACAAUCUUUGCGCCGAUAGGCAACCAAUGGAAGAAAAUGAGGAAGGUUCUUGUAACAGAAGUGCUCUCAUCUUCGAUGCACAAAAAGUUCCACGACAAAAGGCGCGUCGAAGCAGAUAGGUUAGUAUGGUAUGUUCAUAGCCAAUGCCAUAUCAAUCAUGGGAUUGUCGAUGUAAGAUCCGUAGGCCAACAUUAUUGCGCCGGUGUCAUCAAGAGGUAUAUUUUCAAUAAAAGAUCUUUCGGGAAGGAAGAGAAAGACGGAAGCCCUGCAAUCGAAGAUGUAGAACACAUUGAGGCAACCUACACACUCUUAUCACAUCUCUAUGGCUUUGCAAUUGGUGAUCUUUGUCCAUGGUUAGAGGUGUUCGAUUUCGAUGGCCAUAAGAAGAUUAUGACAGAUGCUUUUGCUGUUUUCGACAAAUAUCACGGCCGUGAAAUUUGUCAAAGAGUCGAAAUGUGGAAGAAAGGGAUCGCAAGUAGUGAAGAGGAUAUCAUCGACGUAUUGAUCAACCUCAAGGACUCUGAAAACAAUCCCUUGUUGACAAUACAAGAGAUCAAAGCACACAUUGAUGAUAUAAUGUUAGCGACGAUCGAUAAUCCAUCAAAUGCGGCAGAGUGGAGUCUUGCGGAGAUGAUCAAUCAACCAAAAAUCUUCGACAAGGCGCGCCAAGAGCUAGACCACGUAGUCGGUAUGGAUAGGCUUGUCGAAGAAUCGGAUCUCCCUAACCUCAACUACAUCAAAGCAUGUGCAAAAGAGUCAUUGAGGCUACACCCUAUGGCCCCUUUCAACGUUCCACACGAAUCAUCCAAGGAUGUCGUCGUGGGAGGCUAUUUUAUCCCGAAAGGCAGCCAAGUUCUGAUUAGCCGUCGUGGAGUUGGACACAACCCGAGAGCUUGGGAAGAACCACUCAAGUACAAGCCGGAGCGCCACAUCAGCGGCGACGAGGACACUGGGGAGGUCAUGCUCUACGACCAUGACCUACGGAUGUUGUCGUUUAGUACAGGCCGGCGCGGCUGUCCUGGGAUCAUGCUUGGGACUACUUUAACAACUAUGCUUCUGGCAAGGCUUAUCCAGGGGUUCGACUGGAAGGCGCCGGGAAUUGAUUUAGGGUCGCCGGAGGACGAUAAUUUUCUAAUGAAGAAGCCACUUGUUGCUCAUGCGACGCCGAGGUUAGAACCUCAUGUUUAUCUGUAGCUCCAGAAAAGUGUCUGAGAUUCUUAUUGUAGAAUUAGUUGUGUAUAAUGUACUAUGUCUUUUUUUUUUCGACAAUAGUGUUGUGUUUAAUUUAUGUGACUGUAGCGUGGAAUAAUAACAUCGUGUCGAUGGGUUUGGGUA